UUGGACAAAAAGAUUACAUUAUUGUUAAAUAAUACACACACUGAUUUUUAAAUCGCAUUUUGGAGAAAAAUAUCCAGUGAAAAUGAAGCUUGUAUUCUGCUGUUUAGUUGCAGUGAUCUACAGCGCUGGAGCUACAACAACAGUGACAACAUGUUCAAAGGAGGAUCUUAAAUAUGAAUAUACAACUUGUGAUCACAAUGGAGGAAGGUGGAAAGUACAAGUCCCCACUGAACCAGAGAAGUGUACAAUUACGAACCCUAAACCUCCCACAAGGGGGAAAAGCUGUGAUUUUACCUGUAAGUCGGGGCAGUAUCUGGACAUGGAGACAGAGGAUUGUAAACCCUGUGUGGCAGGGACGUAUUCUCUAGGGGGUGGAGAACGCUUUGAAGAGUGGGAUCUUCUACCCCCAGGAUUUAAGGUCUCCGUGGAGAGCCUGGGUUCAUUCUUUAUCGAAGAGGAGGACAAUAUUAACUGUAGCUCGUCACUUUGGACCCCCCGUGGGAACUACAUCAGCUCCCUGGCACAGUCCUGCUCCUCCUCCCUGACCUACUCUGUCACCCUGGUCAAAGCAGGCAGUAUAGAGUUUGAGUACCAGUAUCCCAGCUCUGAUACCAUGUUCCACUUUAUUGUACAGAAUAGUCAGUGUCAGUCCUAUGGCAGCCAUACAGGGUCACAGUUUCUAGAGGAAACAGAGGAGGGAAAGUGGUCCAAGAAGAAGGUGCAUCUGACGUCAGGCUCCAAUGUCCUUGUGUGGAAGACCCUGUCUCUUUUGUCCGAGUCCUCGACCAAGACGAGCAGAAAUAAACCAGUGCUGAUCAGAAAAGUGGAAAUCAAUGGAGUUGCAUUCACAUCCAAAUGCUCUAAAUGUAAAAAUGGAACCUAUAGCAGUGAGGGGGCAGCAUACUGCUCUAUCUGUAACAGGAAUACCUACUCCUUAAAGGGGCAGGCCACAUGUACAGGGUGUGACCAAAAGUCAGAAUAUUCAGAACGAGGAGCCAGUUCCUGUUUAAAAAGACCUGCAUGUACAAACAAAGACUAUUACGAAGUACAGGCUCCAUGUGACCAAAAUAAAAAGACAAGGAAACUGUAUAAGUGGUUAGAGCCACAGAUUUGUCGGACUGACCUGAGUGGUGCCGUUAACCUCCCUGACCCCAGUCCUCCAGAAGACUGUCCCCCCUGUAACCCUGGCAUGCAUUUUGUGGAGGGUAAAGGCUGUGAGUUCUGUUCUGAUGACAUGUAUUCUGACGGAGCUAAGAGCUGUCAGGCUUGCCCUGCCUCUACUUCUCCUAACAUUGGACUUGAGUACAAAUGGUGGAACCAGAUGCCUGCUAACAUGUCGGCAAAUUGUAUCACAUUUUCUGAUUCUAACUGUUCUACAAACGCCUCCUGGGUCCUUGCUGGAGACCACAUCCGCACCCAGUUUGGUCGCAAUAAGGAUUCCUACCUUGUUUUAAUUUUUAGAAUACCUGGAUUUCGAGGUGAGGAAAGUUCCAGUAAUGACAUCACCGUGGGAACCAUAGACUUCCAGUUUCAACUUUCAUGUGGUGGCAACUGUGAACUGAUUUUCCUCUCUGAUGAGUAUGGAUCUAAUGGUAUUGUAAAAUCCUGGACAGGUGAACAGAAGAAGCAACAGUACAGACAUGAAAUAAAAGACACCCAGCCUUUGACCUUGACCUGGGCCUUCCAGAGCUCCGAAGAGUCUGACGGUAAGGAGGAUGUGGCUCGUAUCUACAGUGUCAAGGUCACCAACACACUGACAGGGGGCGCCAAGGACUGCCAGAAGUGUAUGAGAGGAGUCAAAAAUAACCAAUGUAUAUCCUGUCCUGCGGGACAUUAUGUUGACCUUAACAACACCCAGUGUCUGCCCUGUCCUAAUAAUGCUGUAAUCCGGACCAGAUUAGCCUGGGGUGAGGACUCAUGUAUCAAGUGUGGGCCAGGUCUGAGGGCUAAGGGUGGUACCUCCUGUGUAACUGACUGUGUGUACACUGAUGAAUCCAACAGAAAAUAUGACUUCACAGCACUGAAAAGUCCUCAGUUUGUGAAAGGAGCCAAACUUUUCACAGGUAGUGGAACGGGGUACUUUCAUGGAUUUAACAUCUCGCUUUGUGCUGCGGAAAAUACAAAGGCACUCUGUCAGAACAACAUGACAGCGAAAAGUGAGAAGAGUGAAAACUUUGUCCACUCCAUGGUAUGUAGGUCAGCUAUGGUACCUACAAAGAAGAACAACAUAGUUUCUUCACAGCCUGUCAGUAUUGGAGACUACCUGACUAAGAUCUUGUCCAAUCAGACCCAUGAGUCAGACCUACAUGAUCUGUAUACACAAGGAGGGAUCCCAACAGAAGGAAUGGAAAGAGAUGUCCAUUUCUUUUACAAGACAGAUGAGAAAACCCAAGCCUGUCCCAAAGGAAGAAAGACUAUAGUCUCACUGAAGUGUGAUCAGCAAAAGAAAGGACAGGGUGUGAUUGAGAUCCCCGCUAAAUGUCCCGACGGAACGUGUGAUGGAUGUCUGUUCCACUUCCUGUGGACGACAGAUCAGGCUUGUCCCCCAUGUGUGGAGGAGGACAUACAGAUCAUUGUGGGGGAGUGUCUAGAUGAAGUACAGACUGUCCAUUAUAGUGCCCCAAAAUACUGCAGACCAGACAAAAAUAUGAAAAACAAGGAACAGAGGAAAUGCAGAUUGAAGUUAGCUGCUCUUCCAUUUGUUCUAAAAGUGGGCAUUCCCUCUGCAGUUGGAGUGGGAAUUCUGCUGUUUUUAUGUGUGAUUUACUGCUGGUGUAGAAACAGAAAACUUGAGUACAAGUAUAUGAAGUUGGUGGAGGGUUCUGGCCCGAACUACGAUGGGGAGUUGCCAGGUGUCGACUCGUGUGCCCUAGAGGAUGGGGAGGAUGAACAUUUUGAUACAGUGUCCUUCUCAGAAACCAAGAAAAAAGGACUAUUCAGUAAGCUCAGGGGAAAAAAAUACAAGUCGCAUGAUGACAACCCGUUUGAGACUUCUCACACAGAGAAACUCCCUCUCACAUAAUAAAACACCCUGUGUUGCCUAAGUGACAGAAGGGAUGAUACGCAACAAAGCUUCCUUGACAGUUUACAGUGGACCAAUAGAAUCUCUGUCUGGCCUAUCGUUAGCCUUUGUUCUCUUUGAUUUGCUCACUACUGUUUUUCAAUUCAUGUAACCAUUGAUGAUUUUAAUCUAACAUAAAAUGUCAAUGAUUAAUUUCAUAGUAAAUAUAUCAAAUAUAUGCUGUUAAAGGAUGUCUUUCUGAAAUGGUUUUACAGGGUUUUGUAGGAAAAUAUUUCCAUAUGCUACACAAAUAUUUUUGUUUGAAAUAUACUGUAAAGUCACUAAUUUUCUUGGGGGUUUAAUUUUCAUUGAUUUCAAGGUAUGAAGAGACCCAUGAACUCUGAC